AUGUCUGCAAGAACUUUCUUUAGGAUCCCCGAGACUAUCGGAUAUGUUCUAAAGAUAUAUGAAAAGAGUUCCAAUAAAAUUUCGUUAUUUCCUGAUCCAGAUGUACGGAAAUUUCUACGAAAGACAUCGAAUGAAUAUACAUUAUAUCAACAAUCUUUAAUACUUAAUUCAAAUACUAUUGCAUUUAAUGAUUUUUCUACUAUAGUGGGUAAUAGCAUAGAACCAUUAUUUAAAAAGAGAAUAAAAUUUAAUACUAUAGAUGAUAUACCUACUCAAGAAUUAUUUAAUAUAACUCCAAAACCUAUAUCAGAUGAAGAAGAUUCAAUUACUUCACUUUAUUCAAAAACUACUAGUAAAACUUCAAACUUUUUUGCUAGAAUAGUAUCUACAUUUGCAUCUGCAACUUCACCUCAAAGUGAAGUUCCAAAAGUUCCAUCCAUAGAAAAUGCAUUUAAAUGGUAUAUAAAAUUAUUGAAUAAUACUCCUAUAGUAUUAAUAUUAAGUCUGAAAAAUCGAUUAUUUUCAAGUAGUUCAUUAUCCCAAAUUGAUAAACCAUUAAUAGAUUUAAGAAGAAAAAUCCUUGAAAUAAGUAAUAAAUUAGAAACUAAAUCUUUUAGAUCAUAUCAUUUAACAAGUUUGGAAUUAUUAGAUAUAUUCCAAUUAGCCAUUAAAUUUCAAAAUAAAUUUUAUAAACAAAACAUAUCUGAGUUUAUGAAGAUCCUUUCUCAAAUAAAUUGGCAAGAAGAUAUACCUGAUGAUGCAUUAAGUAAUCAUAUAAAAUCUCAAGAACGAUAUAAAAUUAUUGAUAAAUCAUUUAAAAAGGUAGAUGAAACACAAUUUAAUUCUUUUCUAACUUAUGAUAGAUUUGUAGCCAUUAAUGAUUUAUUAGAUGAUAGAGAAGUAUCAGAUGUAUUUCUUUAUGAUCUUAUAUAUUCUAUGAAUUAUCUUCUAUGUGUGGAAGAAGCAGCUAUUAAUCAAAAUUAUAAAGAGAUUUUAGAUGCCAUUAAAUCUUCUGAAUUUGAAAUAAUUGCCGUUAGAUUAUCGUUAGAUAAUCAGGAAAUUAUUAAAGCAAUAAGUGAUUCAAGUCAUAAAAGUGAUGAAUCAUCUGGACCAAUGAAUUAUAAUGCAUUAUUAGAAAAAGCAAAAGAUGCACGUCAAGAAAGUAGUAAUAUAGACAAGCUUUUAAAGGCUUUAGCAAGACAAAAUCUUAUCAGGGUAGAGGAGGGAUGUCAUAAAAACUGUAUAUAUUUACUUCCACCUCUUAAAAAGUAG